CUUUGCCCAGGGCCCUGUGAGGUGACCGGGUGCCCGCCGUGAGAGGAGCCCUAGGUGCGCUGCGCCGGGGCGUGGCGGCGGCGCUUGUCCCCGCCGGGCUGCCGUCGUGGGGCGGGGCUGAAGCGGCAGCCAUGGCGGCGCCCGUUGUCCCGGAGAGUGACAGCAUCCGCAGGGCCGUGUCGCUGCUCAACGCCAUGGACCCGGGCCGAUUCCCGCGGCUCCUCUCCCGCCUUCUCCAGAAGCUGCACCUGAAGACUGAAAGUACCUUCAGUGAAGAGGAGGAAGAAAAACUUCAGAUAGCAUUUUCAUUGGAAAAGCAGGAUCUUCAUCUAGUUCUUGAAACUAUAUCAUUCAUUUUGGAACAGGCAGUCUAUCAUAAUUUGAAGCCUGCUUCAUUGCAACAACAGCUGCAAAGCAUUCGCCUGGAUCAAGACAAAGCUGAAGCAUUUGCCAGUGCAUGGGCAGCUGCAGGUCAAGAUACAAUUGAAAAGUUCAGGCAGAGGGUUUUGAAUCCUCAGAAGCUUGAAACAAUUGGAUGGCAGCUUAACCUUCAAAUGGCAGAGUCCAUGCAAGCGAAGCUGAAGUCUCCCCGAGCUGUGCUAGAACUGGGCGUGAACAAUGAAGAUUCAAAGAACCUGAAGAAAGUGUUUGUAGAAUUUAGUCAUCAGGAGCUGUUUGAGUUCUAUAACAAGCUGGAAACUAUACAAGCACAGCUGGAUUCCCUUACGUGAUGUUUUUGAAGACUUAUUUCUCCAUCACGCUCCUGCCACCUCAUUAUUUUGAAUUGAAGAUAGAUUGCCAAGCUGUGUUUGCUGAAGGAUUCAGUGGGUUGCUUCCUGUAAAAUUAUAUGGCUUAUCUCUUUUUUAAACCAGUAACGUUAGCCGAGAGUCUUUGUUAAGAGUCUGAAGAUUCUAAUGGACAUUCUCUUGUUUUCUGAGCUAUUGAGAAGAAAAGUGCUACUUGCGGGGGAGGGGGAGAAGAAAGCUAUCCUGUUUCAGAUAUUUUUUUUUUUGUCCUGUUAUGAGUGUUACUUGAUUGUGGUAUAAAUUUGCAUAAUAGUGAGGGACCAGGAAUAAAAUCUGUUUUUUAGACAUAAAAGUAGCUAGAAAAUACACAGCUAGUAAAAUCUCUAUCCUUUUGAAUUGUUAUUCACACAAUUGAUAAUGCUUAUUGCAAAUUUGUCAAAAUAAAUACUGAAUUUACAAAUGGA